CACCAGGGAGGCAAGAUGCCUGUGAAGAUGGAAGUCCUUUGGGUGAUGACCUUCUCUUUAUUGCUUCCUGCACUUUCACUGUGCAACCCGCUCUACAUCAUGAGUGCGCCGAACAUGCUGCGAGUGGGCAGCAAGGAGAACGUGUUUGUGGAGGCACAGGAGUACACUGGAGCACCCGUUGAAGUUACCAUCACGGCAAAAGAAUUCCCGGCAAAACUACUAGAGUUUCUGAACCACAAAGUCACACUGAACUCUGACAACAGCUACCAGGCCCUGCAGGAGAUCAUGCUCAAAGAAGAUUUCUUUGACAAGGAUUCCAAUAAAAAGCAGUUUGUCUACCUGGAAGCAAAGUUCCCGCAACAUACGCUGCAGAAAGUUGUUCUCCUCUCUUUCCAAUCGGGAUUCAUUUUUGUUCAGACUGAUAAGACCAUCUACACACCCACCAGCAAAGUUCAUUACAGACUCUUCACCACAAACCCCAGCAUUGAGCCUAUUGAAAAUGGUGUUUCUGUCGAGAUGAUGACCCCAGAUGGAAUAAUAGUUUUCAGAGACCAAGUGUUUCCAAAUAAAGGAGUUCAGUCUGGAGUGUAUGAGCUGCCGGAGGUCGUCAGUGUGGGAACAUGGAAGGUGGUGGCCAAAUUCCAAAAAACACCACAAAGAAACUUCACUUAUGAAUUUGAAGUCAAGGAAUAUGUGCUGCCAACCUUUGAAAUCAAACUGAUACCAAGACAGUCCUUCUUCUACGUAGACGACAGAGAACUGACUGUCGACAUCACUGCCAAGUACCUGUAUGGGAAGGACGUGACUGGGAAAGCAUUUGUGGUGUUCGGCGUGAUGACUCAAGAAGGCAAGAAGAGUUUCCCAGGUUCUCUUCAGAGAGUGGAUAUCAUCGAAGGGAAGGGCACGGCUACCCUGAAACGAGAGCACAUUGUGCAGAUCAGUCCAGACAUCAACCAGCUUCUAGGGCUACCCAUCUAUGUGACAGUCAACGUUUUGACAAGAACCGGCACUGAAAUGGUGGAGGGGGAGAAGACAGGAAUCCUUAUAGUGACCUCACCCUACACCAUUCACUUCAAGAAAACUCCCAAGUUCUUCAAACCAGGGAUGCCAUUUGACAUUGCGGUCUAUGUGACAAAUCCAGAUGACAGUCCUGCUGCAGGCAUCAGACUAAAGGCAACGCCUGGACCUGUGCAUGGUGUUACUAAGGCCAAUGGUAUGGCCAGGCUAACUGUAAAUACUGGUGGCCAGGUUGCAGACCUGCAAAUCACAAUUCAAACUGAGAUGCCAGCUCUGUCACCCAAUCGUCAAGCUCAGCAGACAAUGGUUGCCAAACCCUACCAGACAUACAAGAACACAAAGAACUACCUGCACAUUGGGAUCCAGGCAACUGAGCUGGAAAUUGGAGACAAUUUGCAGGUCAAUCUGAAUUUGGCAAAUGACAAUCCAGGGGUCCAGAAUGAAAUCACCCAGUUCACAUACCUGGUUGUGAACAAAGGGCAGAUUGUCCUUGCAAAGAGACAAGAAAGGAAGCAAGGUCAGUCCCUGGUGACCUUGACACUGCCGGUGACAAAGGACAUGGUUCCUUCAUUCCGCUUUGUGGCGUAUUACCAUCUGGGAGCUGACCAAGUGGUCUCCGACGCAGUCUGGGUGGAUGUGAAGGAUACCUGCAUGGGGAAGCUCAAAGUCACAUCCACCAGGUCUCAGUAUGAGCCACGUAAGAGCUUCACGCUGAGUAUCGAAGGUGACCCUGGAGCGAAGGUGGGGUUGGUCGCUGUGGACAAGGGUGUCUAUGUGCUGAACAGCAAACACAGACUGAGUCAGUCCAAGAUCUGGGACAUAGUUGAGAAGCACGAUGUCGGCUGCACAGCUGGAAGCGGACAAAACAGCAUGGAGGUGUUCUACGAUGCUGGGCUCAUGUUUCUGUCCAAUGGAAAUGUGGAGAUCAGAUCCCGAUCAGAGCCCGAGUGCCCAGCAGUUGCAAAGAGACGACGACGCUCGCUGACCUUGAUUGACAUCAAAAACUCACUGGAAAGCCAAUACUCGGUGCCCCUCAUGAAAGAGUGCUGUAUGGACGGCAUGAGGGACAAUCUGAUGGACCUCUCCUGCGAACGGCGCUCCCAGUACAUCAUCGAUGGAGCGGACUGUGUGAAGGCCUUCCUGCACUGCUGCUCUGAGGUGACCAAGAAGCGCGAGGAAGCAGCCAAAGAAACCGAUGUAUUCAGUCGCUCGAGCGACGACGACAACUACAUCUCGGACAGAGACAUUGUGUCCCGCACUCAGUUCCCCGAGAGCUGGCUGUGGCAGGAGUUGAUGCUGCCAAACUGCCCCCCACAGAACCCACGCUGCACCUCCACAUCACACGAGAUCAAAAGUUUCCAGAAGGACACCAUCACCACCUGGGAGGUCACCGCUAUCGGCCUCUCCGGAACUCACGGAAUCUGCAUGGCUGAUCCCUUUGAAAUGACCGUGAUGAAGAACUUCUUCAUCGACCUCAAGUUGCCGUACUCUGCGGUGCGGAACGAGCAGCUUGAGAUCAAAGCUGUGCUUUACAACUACGUAGAAGAUAAUUUGAAGGUGCGUGUAGACUUGAUGGAGACAGAGAGUGUGUGUAGUGCAGCCAGCAAGAAGAGAAGGUACCGGGAGGAGGUGGAGGUACCUCCCAUGUCCUCAGUGUCCAUCCCUUUCGUCAUCAUCCCCAUGGCUAUUGGAGAACACUCUAUUGAGGUGAAGGCUGCUGUCUACGAUUCUGUCCUCACCGACGGUGUGAAGAAGAACCUGCGGGUAGUGUCUGAAGGAAUGCGGGUCAAAAAGGAGAUCAAAACAAUUGUUCUGGAUCCAACGAAACACAAUGGAAAACAGUUUGAGACGAUCAAGGGUGUAGAGCCAAAGAACAGAGUGCCAGGUUCACCUGCUGAGACCUACAUCAGUGUCAUUGGUGAACAGCUGAGUCAGACCAUCCAGGCAGCCAUCAGUGGCUCACCACUAGGGAACCUGAUCACGCAACCAUCUGGCUGUGGUGAGCAGAACAUGAUUGGCCUCACAGGACCUGUAAUCUCCACACACUAUCUGGACAACACGGGCGAAUGGGAGAAAGCUGGGGUGGAGAAGCGAGAGACGGCCAUCAAGUACGUUCACCAAGGGUACACCCAGGAGUUGACAUAUCGCAAAACUGAUGGUUCAUACGCUGCCUGGAAAGACAGACCUAGCAGCACCUGGUUAACUGCUUACGUGACGAAGGUGUUUUCAAUGGCGUACAAACUCAUCAGCAUUGAGGAGGAUGUGAUCUGUAGUGCUGCCAAGUGGUUGAUCCUGAACGCACAGCAAGCCGAUGGUACCUUCAAAGAAGAUGCUCCAGUCUAUCACGCAGAGAUGGUUGGCAAUGUGAGAGGGAAGGACGCAGAUGCUUCCCUGACUGCCUUCGUCUUCAUCGCGCUACAGGAAGCACAUCCCACCUGCGGAGUGGAGAGAGUCGCUGGUCGCGGGGAGCCAGAGCCUAACCUGGAAAAGCCUUCCAGACAGCAUAAAGAAAGCCCGGGAGUUCCUGUCACGCAGGAUCAACAGCCUCACUAA